UUUGGAAGACUGUGGAGUGUGAGCGGCGACCGGCGGCCCUGCGGUAGAACGGGGCUUCAGACCGUGCCGGACGUCGCCGAGCCCAGCGCUACCUGCCGAGGUCUCGCGCCCCAGAAGCCAGCGACCCCUCUGUGUUGCCAUGGGAAUUCAAGGUCUGGCCAAACUAAUUGCCGAUGUGGCCCCCAGUGCCAUCCGGGAGAAUGACAUCAAGAGCUACUUUGGCCGCAAAGUGGCCAUUGAUGCCUCCAUGAGCAUUUAUCAGUUCCUGAUCGCUGUUCGUCAGGGUGGGGAUGUACUCCAGAACGAGGAGGGGGAGACCACGAGCCACCUGAUGGGCAUGUUCUACCGUACCAUCCGCAUGAUGGAGAACGGCAUCAAGCCGGUGUACGUCUUUGACGGCAAACCACCGCAGCUCAAGUCAGGCGAGCUGGCCAAACGCGGUGAGCGGCGAGCUGAGGCAGAGAGGCAGCUGCAGGAGGCUCAGGCGGCCGGGGCCGAGGAAGAGGUAGAGAAAUUCACCAAACGGCUAGUGAAGGUCACUAAGCAGCACAACGAUGAGUGCAAGCAUCUGCUGAGCCUCAUGGGAAUCCCAUAUCUGGAUGCCCCCAGCGAGGCAGAGGCCAGCUGUGCUGCCCUGGUGAAAGCCGGCAAGGUCUACGCUGCGGCCACUGAAGACAUGGACUGCCUCACGUUCGGCAGCCCUGUGCUGAUGCGACACCUGACAGCCAGCGAGGCCAAGAAGCUGCCCAUCCAGGAAUUCCACCUGAACCGGAUUCUGCAGGAGCUGGGUCUGAACCAGGAGCAGUUUGUGGAUCUGUGCAUCCUGCUGGGCAGCGACUACUGUGAGAGCAUCCGGGGCAUCGGGCCCAAGCGGGCUGUAGACCUCAUCCAGAAGCACAAGAGCAUCGAGGAGAUCGUGCGGCGGCUUGACCCCAACAAAUACCCUGUGCCGGAAAACUGGCUCCACAAGGAGGCCCAGCAGCUCUUCCUGGAACCUGAGGUCCUGGAUGCAGAGUCUGUGGAGCUGAAGUGGAGUGAGCCAAAUGAAGAAGAGCUGGUCAAGUUCAUGUGUGGUGAAAAGCAGUUCUCUGAGGAUCGAAUCCGCAGUGGGGUCAAGCGGCUGAGCAAGAGCCGCCAAGGUAGCACCCAGGGCCGCCUGGACGAUUUCUUCAAGGUCACCGGCUCUCUCUCCUCAGCUAAGCGUAAGCAGCCAGAACCCAAGGGGGCUGCGAAGAAGAAGGCCAAGACUGGGGCAGCGGGGAAGUUUAAAAGGGGAAAAUAAAUGUAUCUCCCACAUCGUCCCUCUUUAACCCCAGAAUGUCUGCCUUAGACCCUCCCAAGAGCUAGAGCUAGCACCUUCCAUGGGGCGGGGAGGGGAUCCCAUUGCUUUGCCAGUGCUACCCUUCUCAAAUGCAUUUUUCCCCCCUUUUCACUUGAUUUUAUGGCAGGAAGGCCACGGAGUGCUUUUUAUUUUAUUUUCUUGGUUUAGCUCAGGAAAGUGUGUUAGGCUCAAGCCACUUCUCAGGCAGCUUAAUGGACACUGGACCCGUUGUUACAUGAAAAGUUUUAAAGAAAAAAGACAGCUAAACAGGCAUGAGUAUAUGGAGAGGCCUUCCUGGUUGGCCAGCUGUGGCUGAUGGGAAGGGAUGGCAGAACGUGCCUGCUUCUUUCUCAUCUACAACCUGCCUUCAAAGAGCCCUCAAGAAGGUCCUAGUCUAGCAGAUCGCAGAAAACAAGAGACAAGCAGAGCACAGUAGUCUGUCAUGGGUAAUAAAGGUUGGCUUACAGUGGCUGAGUUGAGCAGAAACUUGAACUUGCUAUUCAGAGGAGUAAAUGUUCUGUGGCCUCUUUGAGGCAUCUGCUGAGUUGAAACCUCGGGAUAAGACGUUGGUUUGCAUGUGCUGUUUUUGUUUUGAAGAUAGGAAGAGAAAAAUAAAUAAAAUUGCAUUAGUUGUCA